AGGUCUUUUCCCAGAUCCCGGUCCAUGGAAGAUUCCUCAAACUCGCGAGGUAGCUCUUAGAGAUACACUUGGUAUUGAGGCUCUCCCCAGGCAACGCUUCAACAAAACCAAAAGAACACCAUAUGUUCUCAACAUCAUGGUAGUUGGUGAGAGCGGCCUUGGAAAAACCACUUUUAUGAACACUUUAUUCAACACCCCACUUAAAGAAGAAAUUUAUCCAAAAACUCCACAAUCCACAAAAACCGUAGAAAUCAGUCCGGUGCAUUAUGAAUUGGUUGAAGAUGGCGUCACCCUUAACCUUACAGUAGUUGACACACCCGGAUUUGGUGAUCAACUUAAUCGUGAACACAAUCUUGAUCCUAUUGUGGAUUAUAUUGAUAAUCAAUUUGAAGCAUACCAUGCUGCAGAACGUAGUCCUGAAUUCAGGCGUGCAAUACCAGACACUCGUGUACAUGCUGUAUUAUAUUUCAUAGCUCCAACCGGUCAUGCUCUUAAAGAGCUUGAUAUCAAGGCACUUCAAGUAUUAUCAACCAAAGUAAAUAUCAUCCCAGUUAUUGCUAAAGCUGAUACUCUUACACAAGAAGAAAAGGCUUCCUUCAAAAAAACUAUAUUAAGAGAUAUCGAAGCCAAUGAUAUCAGAAUUUUCCCUACUGCAUAUCCAGAUGAUAGAGAAAGUGUUGAUGAUCUCGAGAAAUAUAUUCCAUUCACAGUCAUUGGUAGUGAUCAAUUUGUGGACGUUAAUGGAAAAAAAGUAAGAGGUAGAUCAUAUAGAUGGGGAGUUGUUGAAGUUGAAAACGAACAACAUUGCGAUUUUAUUCAUCUCCGUGAACUUUUAAUGACACAUGCACUUCAUGACCUUCUCGAGACAACUCAUACAGUUCACUAUCAUAAUUAUCGUGCCAAGAAACUUCGUUCCAGUGGCCGCCCCGAAUCUAUACUUGCAUGUGACGAUUCUUAUGAACAUAGGAUUGAAGGAAGCAAACAAACUAUUGCCGAAGAAAUGAUUAGAAAAGAAGAAGAAAUGAGACAAAACUUUGUUAUGAAAUUGAAUCAACGUAGACAAGAGCUUAUGGCUGAAUUAGAAGAACAACGUUUAUUAAUUGCUGCUGAAGAACGUGAAUUCCAAGAAUUAUAUAUGCAAAGUAAAAAUGCAACGUAA